AUGGCAAGCACUGGAUUUACUGACAUAGACAUUCAGGUCACAUCGUCCUCCUUCAUUGCUACCGGUCUUCUCUAUGAAUAUACGCACGGUUACUUGGAAAAAAACCUACCAAAAUGGGAUUGCUUCCCGCAAACCUUACGUAACCGGAUGUGUAUCGAGAUUGCUUGCAUUCCUGUUCGAAUAGGUCUCAUUUAUUUUUCUCUGCCAUCAGUUCUCUUGGCUUUUACACCGGCGUCUAACUGGACGGCUGAUGACACCCAACGUUCACUUAUUGCCUGCUCAUUAAUGACUGGCGCCUAUCUAUUUGAUCUGAUGAUAUACAGAGAAGACUUCUUCGGUAUUCUCCACCAUUGCAUGGGACCUGCGCUACUACUCUGGACGAGGUUGUGUUUCUCUUCAUUUACCUCGGCUGACGCAUUGGUAUCCCGAAGCUUGAUGAUGUUUAUCUUCUUUGGCGCGGCCACAGGGGGUGUGUUCGCCAGUGCCGGAGUCUUUCUUCUGCGAGUAGGAAAGAGAUAUUUGGAACGUAGUUCUCUUUACAAGUAUUUCGCGCUUUGCGUUGCAGGCUUAACGGUUACCACGGUACUGAGCUGCUACCUGAACGUUCUCUACUUUCUGCAUACAUGGGAUGCAGCCUACGGUUACUUUGGCCUAGCCGCCCCACUGCCUAUUAUCUGGGAGACUUUUGAAUGCUACUUGCAGUGGCGAUGGCUGUUACGCUUCUACAGCAUUGAAGCUAAACUGUGUCGAGGAGACCAGAGGCCGAAAGACUAUUCAGAUAUGUCGGACUCUACUCCGGAUGAGGGUACUGUUUGGCACGAAAUACCUUCAGCGUUUCCCAAAGAAACUGCAUUUAUACUUCGAGCUCUUGUUUGGCAAUGGGUCGUGCUGUUGCUUUGCCUGUAUUUUAAGUUUGCGAAGGAGUUGUACUUGCACUGGUCAUUUUCACCUACACACUCGGUCACUCGAACUGAGGAGGUGAUUCAGAACAUUACGAAAUGGUAG